AUGUCAGUAAUAGAUAAAAAUGAAUAUCGACAAAAUGCAUCCGAUGAUGAUGAUGAUGAGAAUGAUGAAAAAAAUUCUAAUGAUGAACAAGAAGAAGAAAUAAAUAUACUUGAACAAAAAUGUUUCGUGCUUAAUCAAUUACAAUUUGAUCUUGUGGAAUUUCUUAAAACACACCAAAUUGUUUCACAAUAUGAUUAUAUCCGAUUAAUUAAUUAUAUUCGUCUUGAAAAACCUUCAAUCGAUGAUUUAAAACUAUCGACAUAA